CUGCGGAUCGAUGACUUCAGCUCCAGAGUCAUUUUACAGAAUACGCAGGACUUUGGAGGGGUUGAAGUUCACACGCUGUCUCUGGGAGGAGUCCCAAGCCUAACCCCACAGCUUAAGACCGCCCCAGGUUUUGAUGGCUGUUAUGCGUAUGUGAGAUAUAACGGAGAGAUGCUUCCCUUCAGCGGUGAACACAGCACCGUCUCCAUCUCUAAAACGGACCCAUCAGUGAAGAUCGGCUGCCGUGGUCCAAAUCUUUGUGAAAGCGGCCCGUGCUGGGACGGCCUGAUGUGUGUGAAUCAAUGGUACACCUACCAGUGUGUCCCUCCGGGCGACUGCGCCUCGAACCCCUGUCAGCACGGCGGCAGUUGUGUCCCCGGCCCGCGCGGAGGAUUCGCCUGUACGUGCCACGAGUUCUACACGGGCAGAGCGUGCGAGAGCCUCGUGGCGUGUCUGGGCGUCCGGUGUCCGCAGGGUACAGAGUGUAAGCUGGGAACCAACGGAGGCUUUACCUGCAGCCCGGGCACCGCCGCCGCCGGCGAGAUGAGUCUGCCCAUCUGGGCUGUGCCUGCCAUCGUGGGCAGCUGCGCCACCGUCCUCGCGCUGGUGGUUUUGAGUCUCAUCCUGUGCAACCACUGUAAGGGCCGCAAGAAAACCAAAGUGCCAAAAGAAGAGAAGAAACCCAAGGAGAAGAAGAAGAAGAAAAAGAAGAAGGGCAGCGAGAACGUGGCUUUUGACGAUCCAGACAACAUUCUGCCGUACAGAGACGACAUGGCGGUGCGUAAACAGCCCGAGGGAAACCCCAAACCUGACAUCAUAGAGCGGGAAAAUCCCUACCUGAUCUAUGAUGAGACUGACAUUCCGCACAGCAACGAAACCAUUCCCAGCGCCCCCUGUGCUCCGUGUGUGGGGCCGGAGGGCGACAUGGAACACUAUGACAUCGACAACGCCAGCAGCAUCGCCCCGUCAGAUGCUGACAUCAUCCAGCAUUACAAACACUUCCGGAGCCACACGCCCAAGUUUUCCAUUCAGCGUCACAGUCCGCUGGGCUUUGCCCGUCAGUCUCCUCUCCCACUGGGCGCCGCCAGCUACAGCUAUCAGCCCACGUACACCCAGGGCCUUCGUUCCACACCCCUCAGUCACUCAGCCUGCCCCACGCCCAAUCCCCUGUCCCGUCACAGCCCCGCCCCCUUCACCAAGCCCUCGUCCUUCUAUCGAAACACUCCCACCCGUGAGCUCAACCUGGCGCGGCGCGAGGGCAGUCCGCUCGAUCUCCACGGUGACGGGUGCCAACCCGGCAUGUUCAAUUACGCCACCAGGUUGGGCCGCCGCAGUAAGAGUCCUCAGACGAUGGCGGGUCACGGCUCUCGUCCCGGGAGUCGCCUGAAGCAGCCCGUCGAGCAGAUUCCGCUAGAGAGCGGGCCACCCGUGGGUCUGUCUAUAGAGGAGGUGGAACGGCUCAAUACACCUCGACCCAGAAACCCCAGCAUCUGCAGCGCCGAUCACGGACGCUCCUCGUCUGAAGAGGACUGCCGCCGCCCGCUGUCUCGUGUCCGGAACCCCGCUGACGGCAUCCCCGCGCCCGAAUCUUCCUCCGACAGCGACUCUCACGACUCCUUCACCUGCUCUGAGAUGGAGUACGACCGAGAGAAAGCCGUCUCUUACGGAUCUCGUGUGCCCAAACUCUCGCAGGUCAACGAGUCCGAUGCGGACGACGAGGAUCACGGCGGGAGGCUGAGACAGAGGCGAUACUCCAGCCGGCGGGCGGAAGGCGGAUCGGCCAGUAACCACAACACCCUCUCUGAUCACCAUCAUCAUCAUCACACUCUACCCCACAAACUGGGCCAUGGAUCCAACAACUUCAACUGGGAUAACCUGCUGAACUGGGGUCCGGGCUUUACUCAUUAUGUGGAUGUGUUUAAAGACUUAGCGCAGCUGCCGGAGAAUUCUCCCGCGAAAAACAUUGAGAUGAAGAGCGGCGACGGAUCCAUCACUAUUCUGAACGAGGGCGAGGCCGAGCAGUACGUAUGAAGGAUCUUCUUGAGUACAAUCCUGAAGAAACCGAUUCUUUUCUAUACUGAAUGAAGACGAACUUAAAUGCAGUAAGGCAGAGCACUGAAUCCACAAACUCACAUUGAUUUGUGUUAUUGUGCUGGAUUCUCUGUGAAACACACGUGAAGUGAAUCAGAGAGUGCUGAAGCCUGAGCUCCGUUCAUCUGGCUGAUGUUCUUCUGUGUUAUUGACUCGACCUCUGUGAGAUCGUCACACUCCAGCCAAAACACUUCUGCCAAGAACCACGGCUGUUUCUCUUCCUGAAUCAAAAGCAUGAGAUAUGAGAGAAAUCAGACCUCUGCCUUCUGGAUAUUUGAGGAUUUGGUGACUGCGGACUCCGUGACUGUUUUUGUGUCUUGCAGGUUUCGUAUGAAGAUGUUUGUUCAUAAGACUAUGAACAUUUUGUAUUAAAUGAAGCUCAUUGGAAGUCAGUGUUCUCGGUUAGAUGUUUUUUUAUUAUAUAAAUGUCUGUUUCUACUUUUUUUACCGUGUAUUAACUUAAAGCUUCCACAGUGUUUUAUGGAGAUUUUUCAGAUGCUGGAAAUGAGGUUCUUACUUUCAGCUGAAGUAAGAUAAUACUUUUUUUUUUUUACGUGUUACGUAUGUCAACAGUAUUUUCCACUAUUUUGAUAAAACUAUAACAUAAUGUCUGAUUUAUACAUGUCAAAGCCAAUAACAGAAAAUAAAAUAUUUAUUUAAAAAAUGCAGAUAUUGAUGUGAAGAUAUUAAAGGGACUGAAAUCAGGUUGUCAGGGGAUUUUUAGAUGAUGUUUGUUAAACUGUAAAGAGCUCCGUGAUGUCCUGCUGAAGGAAUCUUUAGCCCUAAAGUUUAAAUAAAGUUUGGGAUGAAUUGAAUAAGAGCUCUGAGGUUUUGGAUGAGAAAGAGCCCUGAUUCAGCCAAACACAACACCACCCUUCACACACACACACACACGUAUGUUUUAUUAUCCCCGUGGGGACAGUCCAUAGGCGUAAUGUUUUUUAUACUGUACAAACUGUAUAUUCUAUCCCCUAUCCCUAACCCUAACCCUAAACCUAAAGAUCAUAGAACACUUUUUGCAUUUUUAGAUUUGUAAAAAAUAUUGUUCUGUACAAUUUAUAAGCUUUUUUGCCCAUGAGGACCUCAAUUUUGGUCCCCACAGUGACACGAGUCCCCAUGUGUUGGUGUGUAUUCAGGUUUAGGUCCCCACCGGGAUAUACAAACAUGAACACACACACACACACGCGCGCGCGCGCGCACACACACACACACACACAUGUUGGGUUUCCAUGUUUUAUAGGGACAUUCCAUAGACACAAUGGUUUUUAUACUGUACAAACUCAUCAUAUUCCCUACCCCUAACCCUAACAAUCACACACAACUGUCUGCUCUUUUACAUUUUCACAAAAGUGAAUUCUGUAUGAUUUAUAAGCUUGUUUCCUCAUGGGGACCAAAAAAUGUCCUCACAAGGACAAGGAUUUUGGAUAUUGUCAUCUUUGUGGGGACAUUUUGGCCCCAUACCGUAGGGUUUACCCUUCCCACACACACACACACAUGCACACACACACACACACAUGUCUGGUUUACUAUCCCCGUGGGGACAGUCCAUAGGCGUAAUGUUUUUAUACUGUACAAACUGUAUAUUCUAUCCCCUAUCCCUAACCCUAUCCCUAAACCUAAAGAUCAUAGAACACUUUUUGCAUUUUUAGAUUUAAAAAAAAUAUUGUUCUGUACAAUUUAUAAGCUUUUGUGCCCAUGAGGACCUCAAUUUUGGUCCCCACAGUGACACGAGUCCCCAUGUGUUGGUGUGUAUUCAGGUUUAGGUCCCCACCGGGAUAUACAAACAUGAACGCACACACACAAACACAUACACACGCACGCAUGCACACGCACACACACAUGCAUGCACACACACACGCGCACAUACACACACGCGCACGCACACACACAUGCACGUGCACACACACGCACGCACGCACACACAUGCACACACACACCCAUGCAUGCGCACAAACACACAUGCUCGCACGCACGCACACACACACACACACACACACAAACAAACACAUGCACGCACACACACACAAACACAUGCACGCACACACACAUGCACGCACACACACACAUGCACACACACACCCAUGCAUGCGCACAAACACACAUGCUCGCACGCACGCACACACACACACAAACACAUGCACACACACGCAUGCACGCACACAGAGCUGUAAGUUCAGGAAUUUGAAAGUAAGAAAAAGCUGUAUAUUUUGCUUCACACGUUUUUAAAUGUCAUUGGGUCACUGUCAUAAAUCUGGACAUUUGACAUCCAUCCAUCCAUCCAUUAAUGUUAAUAAUGUUAAUUCUCAUAAUGCAGUCAUUUUUACCCUUUAAAUGUUUAUACAAUAAGGAUUACAUUUAAAGAGCUCAUCUCACAAAGAAUCUUAAUUUCCCUUGAGCUUCCGGAGAUAAAACAGCAUGAUAUUCUAUGAAAACAUACUGUAACUUUAAGAACUUAAAACUUCCAAGAUUUUGAAAAAAGAAAAAUUCACUUGAGGGAUUUUUUUCUCUCUUGAAAUAAUGUUGAUGUCUGAGUUUACACAAACAUAACAAUGUUGUUAAGUUCUUAAGGACACACACAGAUGAUUCAUGCAUGUAGUGAAUAUACAUCACCGUCUGCAGAAAUAUUUAGAAUAUUCCUGCGUGUCCCGUAUCAAAAACCCACAGGAUCCACUGAGAGAAAAGUUCAUGUUCAAAGGUUUUUCACGCCUGUGUGAACGCUCAUAUAAACAUUUCACUUGCUUAUAGACUGGAUUUUUUGAAAGAAUUUUUUUGUGUUCUUUGAAAGAAAGAACACAAUUUGGCUUGAAUUUGGUUAAAUAAAGAUUCGAUCAAGUGUUGAAUGAGAGCUCAAACUCAGUUUGUGUGUUCAGGGUCAAUUCAGAAUAUUUUGUUGUAUUUUGCAUAAUUAAUUACAAAUACUGAUUUUGACAAAUCAUCUGUCUGCCAGUCGUGUGUUUAUGUUUGUCAGUGUGUGUUAUUCAUAUAGUCUGGUGAAUUAUGAAUUAUGUGAUUAUUGAUACUUUUAUCCAAAGCGACUUACAAAAUGAGGAACAAUAGAAACAAUGGCGACAGACGAUGUAAAUCAUCGGCUCUGGAAUUAUGACAAUAAAAUAAACAAGCCUUUGGUUUUCUAUAGAGAAGCAUUGAGUGCUUCCAGCUCAUGUUUGCUCACGCUGUGUUUAAAAUGUCUCCAAUAAAUCAUCUGAA